GGCGAUCACCCGGUGAGGCACUGAGAGCCAAAUGGCGAGAAGAUCUUACCGGACAGAGACCAGCGAUCGCUUGGGAGGUCACCCGGGCUUCUGGAUGUAAUCGGAGAGCGUGAAAGAGGUGGCUUCGUAAAAACAAAAAAGCACAACAAUCCUUUGAAAGGAGGGAAAUUGAGUUUAUUCAUUUUUGCCAAGGUUUUGAAAAACGGUUCGAUGUCUUGUACGUUUGAUAUAAGAUGAGAACUUUAUAAAGUAUUCCGUCCAAGAGCCUAAACGAUGACUACCCCCGCGCUGCUGCCCCUGUCUGGUCGUAGGAUACCACCUCUGAACCUGGGGCCGCCCUCCUUCCCACACCACAGGGCUACCUUGAGACUCUCCGAGAAGUUUAUCCUUCUCCUUAUUCUUAGUGCCUUCAUCACCCUGUGUUUUGGGGCAUUCUUCUUCCUUCCAGACUCUUCAAAACACAAACGCUUUGAUCUGGGCUUAGAAGAUGUGUUAAUUCCUCACGUAGAUGCCGGCAAAGGGGCUAAAAACCCCGGAGUCUUCCUGAUCCAUGGACCCGACGAACACAGACACAGGGAAGAAGAAGAGCGUCUGAGAAAUAAGAUUAGAGCUGAUCAUGAGAAGGCUCUGGAAGAAGCAAAAGAAAAAUUAAGCAAGUCAAGAGAGGAAAUCCGUGCUGAAAUUCAAACAGAGAAAAAUAAAGUAGCCCAAGCAAUGAAGAUAAAAGAGACCAGGGUACUGCCACCUGUCCCUGUUCCACAGCGUGUAGGGGUCAGUGGUGGAGACCCAGAAGACAAUGAAAUCAGGAAGAAAAGAGAAAAAAUUAAAGAGAUGAUGAAGCAUGCCUGGGAUAAUUACAGAACAUAUGGAUGGGGACAUAAUGAGCUCAGACCUAUUGCAAGGAAAGGGCAUUCCACUAACAUAUUUGGAAGCUCACAGAUGGGUGCCACCAUAGUGGAUGCUUUGGAUACCCUUUAUAUCAUGGGACUUCAUGAUGAAUUCAUGGAUGGGCAAAGGUGGAUUGAAGACAACCUUGAUUUCAGUGUGAAUUCAGAGGUGUCUGUGUUUGAAGUUAACAUUCGAUUUAUUGGAGGCCUCCUUGCAGCAUAUUACCUGUCAGGAGAGGAGAUAUUCAAGACUAAAGCAGUGCAAUUGGCUGAGAAACUCCUUCCUGCCUUUAACACACCUACUGGGAUUCCUUGGGCAAUGGUCAAUCUGAAAAGUGGAGUAGGUCGGAACUGGGGCUGGGCAUCUGCAGGUAGCAGCAUUCUGGCUGAAUUUGGCACAUUGCAUAUGGAGUUUGUCCACCUCAGCUACCUGACUGGUGAUUUGAUUUACUACAAAAAGGUCAUGCACAUUCGGAAACUACUCCAGAAAAUGGAACGCCCAAAUGGUCUUUAUCCAAAUUAUUUAAAUCCAAGAACAGGGCGCUGGGGUCAGUAUCACACAUCAGUUGGUGGCCUGGGAGAUAGUUUUUAUGAAUACUUACUGAAAGCGUGGCUGAUGUCAGAUAAAACAGACCAUGAGGCAAGAAGGAUGUAUGAUGAUGCUGUUGAGGCUAUAGAAAAACAUCUGAUUAAGAAAUCCCGAGGAGGUCUUGUCUUCAUUGGAGAAUGGAAGAAUGGACACUUGGAAAGGAAAAUGGGUCAUUUGGCCUGCUUUGCUGGGGGAAUGUUUGCACUUGGAGCAGAUGGUUCCAGAAAGGACAAAGCAGGUCACUAUUUAGAACUAGGGGCAGAAAUUGCACGAACAUGUCACGAGUCAUAUGACAGAACUGCAUUAAAACUAGGUCCCGAAUCAUUCAAGUUUGAUGGUGCAGUGGAAGCUGUGGCUGUGCGGCAAGCUGAAAAGUAUUACAUCCUCCGUCCAGAAGUAAUUGAAACCUAUUGGUAUCUAUGGCGAUUCACCCACGACCCAAGAUACAGGCAGUGGGGCUGGGAAGCAGCACUGGCUAUUGAAAAGUAUUGCCGAGUCAGUGGUGGGUUUUCCGGAGUGAAGGAUGUGUACUCCCUCACGCCCACACAUGACGAUGUGCAGCAGAGCUUCUUUCUUGCUGAAACAUUAAAAUACUUGUACCUGCUGUUCUCUGGUGAUGACCUUCUACCUUUAGACCACUGGGUAUUUAACACAGAGGCUCACCCUCUGCCGGUGUUGCAUUUAGCCAACACUACCCUUUCAGGUAAUCCUGCUGUUCGAUGAACACAGCCCCAGAAGGACCAUUCUUACCUGUGUUUUGUUUACAUGGACCACUACAGAAAUUGUCUGGAGAGGUGGCUUUGAAAACCUGGACCUCUGUGUCACCAUGCCGGAUGAAACUCUCCCCUGCAAGACUUUAAACUUGUAGAUACAUCAACUUUGAAAUUAUUCCAUUUUAUACCUGACCAAAACAUGUUCUGGUACAUGUAGGAUGGAGGCCUGAUGUGCUUUGACUCUUAAUGAGAUGGCCACAUGAGAAAUAAUGUCUGUAUCAUUAGUGCAAGCCAAGAACAUAGAACACCUUCCAGGAGUUAGAGAUGGCUUUUGGAACCAAUUAUACAUUUGUUUCCUCCCACAGUGGAGCAGCUUUCAAAUCAAAUAUUACACAUUGUUUAAUCCCUUUUCCUCCACUUUAAUAAUAAUGGGACAAACUGAAGUGAACAAGAACAAAGGAACAGUGCAACUACAUUAGUAGCAGGAAGACUUGGAGAAGAAAAAGAUACCUGUCCCUGCCUGAAUAUUCAAGCUCUCCAUUGGAUUUUUACCAGACUGGUAACCAUUUCAUUCCCAACUUAGUUCAUUGAAAUCUGUUUAGAUUUAGUUUUUCUCUGGGGGGCAUGAUCUCACAAAGAAUACUUUUCAAGUCUCUUGUCUCCAUAUGGUAUGCUGAAACUGGUAUUUAUCAUAACUGCUGCUUAUGAGCCCAAGUGUGGGAGUGUGCAUGUAGCUCACGCUAGUGUUGGUAGCAUGCAGAAGGUGGGGAAAGUGCCAGUUUGUUGCCUUGAAACCUGUUCUAAAGAAAUCCUUAAUUUUGUUGGUAGGAAAUUAUUCUUCUGAACCAGCAAGUCUAUCAAGCAAAGAAACCUACUUUAAUCACUAAUGCAAUUAAUAGAGUUGUUCACCUUACAACUUCAUGUGGCUUGGCAAAAUUCACUAUACUGUUUUGCAGCUCUGCAUUUGCUAGAAUAAGCUGAAUAGCUUUCACAAUUUACUAAAGCAAAAGCAAAACGUCUCAACAUCCCUUGUGCAAGGGUUGGGUCCCUUACUUAAUUACCUCACAUGUGUGAGCUACUCACAAAGAUUUUAUGUUUUUAAGUUUCUCCAAGAAUAUUAUAUAUCCAAAGAAUUAAUAGAAUAGUUUCAAAAUAAUUUCCAGUGGCAAAUGUGUGAUAUAAUUAAUCAUACUCACUAAAACUGGCAUAAACCUAAGGGACUUACAGAUAUUGUAGGUUUUUGUUGUUGUUGUUGUUGUUGUUAUUGCUCUGUAUUUUGGAAAAAAAAAAGGUAAAAUUUUAUCAAGAUUAUAAGAUAAACUUUAUGUCCCUUGAAUUUCUGUGACAAUACAAGUAAUUUUCCCCUCCUUUUCAUUUAGUACAGAUAUCAUUUAUUGAUGAUAAUAAAAUUUGAGAACACUAUAAUCUAAUAUUUACUUUGAAUUUGAAUAUUUGAUGAAACAGCUUAUUCAUGAGCUCUGCUUUGGAAUUUUGAAAGCUUAUUUCCUUGGUUGGUAGCUUUUCUUUUUAGCCCUCUUCUAGCAUAUAGCAGAUUUCAAUUAUGGAAACAGUCAAUGCAAUUAUACAUGUAAAGGUGACCGUCUUAUACCAUAAAUCAUCUGAUCCUCAGAGUUUAGCCAAUGCUUUAUAAGCUUGCCACCUCACACUGGUCAGUAUUCAUAGAAGAUGACAUGGAGAGAGCGAGUUCUAGCACAUUUCAAAAUUAAAUAUCUUUUACUACUUGAAAUUUUUAAAAUGUAAAUGAGAAAGGCCAUUACUUUAGAAGAGAAAGAGAAGGUUUUAGUUCUUAGAAGAAAAAAUAAAGUGAGCCUUCCAAAACCAGCACUCACAAGUCAAGAUAAAGUAAAAGUAAGAGACCAGAGCAGCAAGCAGGGAACCAACCAUCUUUUACUUUGUUCACACCAGUGCUGUGAAGGCACCAUCUUGGUUCCUCAGGAAUUCUUAGAGGAGACAACAACAACAAAAAAAAAAACAAAACAGCACCUCCCACCCCACCUAGUACUCUUGUCAUUCACAUGAUUCUAGAACAUAAGAGAGAGGCAUGGGUGUGAGCAGGGCAUGGUUUGCAGGAAGAUCUUAAGACUGUCAUUUUAACACCCCAACUUUGUGAUGAGAACUCGAGCUUACAAUGAUGCUUUUUCUUCUCUGAAUACCAAAGGCAUUAAAGUCAGGUGUAAAUGACUCGCCAGUGUCAUGUUGUAUUUUGUUAAUAGAUUUUUUUUUUAAAGAUAAUAUUCCCCAAAUCUACCAUUAUCCUCAAUUUUGCUUACUUUCUUGCUUGCUUUUUAAGCACUUGUCUUCUUCCAUCCUUUAUACCCUUGGCAUUUAUUUCGUAGACCUCAGUACUCAAGCUCCAUACUCAUUGUGUUUAUAAGAUUGGAAAAGAACCCGGCCAUGCUUACUAACUGGUGCCUCUUGAAAGAGCCAAUGCCUCGUCUUCUGCUUCGGGCACAUUGUGCACAACAGAUAAUACAUUAAUGUGGGGUUGUUGAAUACCCUCUACCUUCCAUAUUUAUUGCUCAUUUUAGAAUAACCCUUUGGUUCAAACCGGAUUUCUAGAAAAUUAAUGAGCUAAUAUGAAGUUCUUAAAAGUAAGAAUGAGCCCUUCACCAAGAAGUCCCAAUGCAGACAAGUCCUGAGCUGGACGUUCUUUCUUCCAGGUGGGUGUGCAUUUUGUGCUCCUUUGAUACCCCCCUACUCCUAUCUUUUAACUGGCGUGUGUGUGUGUGUGUGUGUGUGUGUGUGUGUGUGUGUGUGAACGAAUGCCUUCGUAUGGAAGGAAUGCACACACCAUUUUUGCAGAAUAUUGGCCCUGAUGUCCUCUAGGGCACCAUACCUUUCCCUGGCAGGUUUUAAUCAAGCAGUUUGAAGUCUUGAUCCCCAGCUUCUCCUCUUUUCCACUCUUCAUCGCCAAGGUCUUUGUCAAACUCCGAACUUGUUGAUAAAAGGUUGUGCUUGCCGUACUCCUUAUGAUGCAGUCUCCCCGUUAGCCGGAGUCUCUGCAUGAGCGCAUGCGUGAGAGAGUGAAUGAACAAACAGCUAUGGAACAUUGCAUAUGUGCCAAGCUCUGUGCCUGGCACCAUUCAAGCCUUAGAACACAUCAUGUGAUUCCAAUGGCAUUUUCUGUAUGAGAGUGGUUCAUGCCAUUUUAAAUGUUUCCCAAAAUGAAUCGUGCUCUGAAAUUCUUAAUUUUAUAUUUCAUUUAAAUUAAAGAGAAAGAUAAAAGGUUUAUAAUAUAUUUUAAACAUUUACUAUAUAAUACUAACAACUAUAAUUGUAGUUAAUAACUAAAGUCUCUUGGAAAUGUCAAAGAAAUAUUUGACUUCUGAUGCAUCUUUGACUAAAAUAUUUACUUUAGAAAUAAAAGCAUUCUUAUUUUGUUAUAUCACUUUAAUUACAUGAUCAAAGUCAA